AGGGGGGGUAAUUUCUCCCCCACUGCCUCCCUCCCUCUCACCGCCGCUCAGCCAGGCCCUGUCCCGGAGUAGUAGUAGUAACAGUGAUAGCUGUUGCUGCUGCACGGCCUUGCCCCCAUCACUCUCUCUCUCAAGACUAUGUGGGAAUUACAGGAUGCCCAGUGGAAAUAAAUUUAAACCUACCAAAUACAUCCCGGUGUCGACAGCCGCCGCUUUGCUAGUGGGAGCCAGCACCUUGUUCUUCGCAUUCACGUGUCCUUGGUUAACAAACGAAAUCUCUCCGGCAAUUCCAGUCUACAAUGGCCUUGUGUUUCUUUUUGUUUUGGCUAACUUCAGCAUGGCAACAUUUAUGGACCCUGGAAUAUUUCCACGAGCGCAUGAAGAUGAGGAUAAGGACGAUGACUUUCGAGCUCCACUCUACAAGAAUGUGGAAAUCAAAGGAAUCCAAGUACGGAUGAAAUGGUGUGCAACAUGCCAUUUUUAUAGGCCACCCCGAUGUUCUCAUUGCAGUGUGUGUGAUAACUGUGUUGAGGACUUUGAUCAUCACUGUCCAUGGGUGAACAACUGCAUAGGACGGAGAAAUUACCGCUACUUCUUCCUCUUUCUCCUUUCCCUUAGCAUUCACAUGGUUGGAGUGUUUAUUUUUGGGCUGAUUUAUGUUUUAAACCAUAUUGAAGAGCUUUCCACUCCAUGUACUGCCAUCACCAUGGCUGUCAUGUGCGUGGCAGGUCUUUUCUUCAUUCCCGUUGUGGGUCUUACAGGAUUCCACAUGGUUUUAGUUGCUAGGGGGAGAACAACAAACGAACAGGUAACGGGUAAAUUUCGAGGCGGUGUGAACCCAUUCACCCGUGGAUGUUGUGGUAAUGUGGAAUAUGUACUCUGCAUUCCUUUAGCUCCCAAGUACAUAGUUGACUACAAAAAGAAAGAUCUUGUCAUGGUGAAAUCUCCUUUUGUUAGACUUCAGUUGUCUGAAAAACAAAUUGCACUCAAGAUUAAUGAUAAUGGAAUUCAGGGGAAUCUGAAUAGGACCAAGUCCAAAGGAAGUUUGGAGGCUUUGGAUGUUCAAUCCACAGACGUCGAGCCACCACUGCCACCUAAACUAGGUCCAAGCAAAUAUGCAAACCUUAAAAACCAACUGAGUACUUCAACCAACGAAGAUAGUGGUUACUCAUCCAAGCCCAUCAACCCACCUACUCCUGCCAUGUUUAAGUAUCGACCAGCACUGAGCAGUUCAGGUGCAAACCCCAAAGUUCUUUACCAUGCUGCUAGUGAGAAGAUUUCCAUGCAGGAGGCUCAUAAAGAGGCAGCCAUCGUGGAGGAAUGUAACAGAGCGCAUGAUUACAAGUCCGAGCCAAAUUUAGAUCUCCCCGACUACCGGUCACCAUCGCUCCACAAGACGUACCAGUCCUCGCCGUUUCAACUCGACUCGCUGUCUGUGAGCUCGCGGUCUCUCAGCCUGAAGUCUGCUCACAGGAGAGGCCUGGACAAGCCCCAGUUACACCCAAUGAAGUCCGACUGCUCGCCCCCCAACCAGUACAAGAAUAUCUUUGGCAUGAAUUCGUUGUCCAACAGAAAUGGGAGCCUGUCGUACGACAGUUUGUUGAAUCCGCCCCCGAGCCAGCCGGUGGUGGAGUGCCCGGCACACGCUGCCGCCCCGGCCGUGGGCUACCACUCCCCGUAUCUCUCAGCCAAAAUGUGCCAGAUCCGAGGGGUGGAUCUGCAGCGCCAGGCGGUGCAUGGUUACAGCCCGGUACACCGAGGCCCGUCCCCACAGCACCGGGAGCCGUCACCCGUCCGGUACGACAACCUGUCCAAGCAGAUCAUGGCUUCCAUUCAGGAGCGGAAGGCGAUAGAAGAGCGUGGCAAGCUCCGGGUCGCCCCAGAGUCAGUGUUUCUGGACACGGGGGGCUACAACGCGCUGGGCUCCUACAACCUCCAGCAAACAAACACUUUGUCAGAGGACUCGAGGACGGCCACUGGCGCGUGUGGCUCUCGAGAUAAUCUCACGGCUGCCGCUGCCUGCAGCGCAAGGAGUCCUCUGCUGCGUGCCUCUGCCUCCUCCCUCUCCAGCACAAUGUCACGGGCGGCAAGGACUUCUACAAGUUCCCUCCACGCAGACAUGGCAAACAAUAACAUGCAGUCCAACCACACUUUGCAAAGCAGAUCUGCCGAGACCUCGUACAGGUCUCCAGGACAUCAAAUUCCACCUUCUUCAUUGAUUAGAUCCCCGACCUACGGAAGCCACAAGCCUCUGUCCUUCGUCACUGCAAUGGAAAUGUCAGAAGGAGUUCCUCAGCCUCUGAUCACUCCACGUGAUGAAGUUCAAAUGAAGACAGCUCACAACAAGGUAAAUGGACAGCCAAGACGAUUAUCCAGGAUGGACGGCCAGCUGAGCUCGUCUUCUCUCUCCCACGGUGCUACAGUCAGUCCCACCAGACAGUCCAACGUAAAAAAGGUGUCGGGUGUGGGCGGGACCACUUACGAGAUCUCAGUGUGAACAGCCAUCUGCCACGGCAGCUGCACGGUGGGGCCACACUGUGAAGACUCUCGGGCAGCAGCUCUGUGCUCUUGCCCAAACAGCUGCAGCCUUAUUUCUCCAGAGGUAGUUAAACGUCAUCCGAAAACACGGGGGCCGGCCCACAACAAACGUUCACUUUCUCCCACCCCCCACCCCCCGCUCUGCUGCACAGUAAGGUGAUAUUUUAGCGUCUGGUAAAAGAAAGCCCUGGUUUUUAUUGAAACCACACUUGUGUACUCGCCCAUCCAAGUGAAUCUUCUGUAAAAGUCGGGGCAGUCUUGGAUUAGAAUUAACCUGGAACCCUGCAAUGAUUUUUAUGACGGUGAAGAGUUUCUCUUGCUUGCCAUUCAAACUUGAUAAUAGUUUCACACGUGAAAUACCUUUUAUUUUGUAUUAACCGAUGUUGACACAAUCGUGUGGCACCGAAACUUGCUAAUUCCCUUCCUCCGUCAAUGGGAAGUGAUACACUUACAUCAGCCAAAAGAUGUUUUAAAUCUGUCUCCCCUAGAAUAAGACAACCUUGUAUGUGAGUGUGUGUGUGUGCGCAUCCAUAUGUCUAGUGGGGCUUGUAUGAAGUCCAGAUGGGGGUGGAAUCCUUCAGGGCACAAAACUCAGAGCUUUACAAUACAAUACAAUACAAGGUUGCUUGUAAAGAUAAGUAAUACGAUUUAUUAAAACAUUAAAGAUUCUUAUCGAUAAUCAGAA